AUGAAGGCGGGGGACAAGCUAUUUGACAAGAUUGACAAUGUCAUAGGCGGGUGCAAAAUCGGCGUCGUCGUUUUCUCGCCGCUCUAUUGCGACUCCUACUUUUGUUUGCACGAGCUUGCGCUCAUGAUGGACCUUAAGAGGAAGGUCAUCCCCAUCUGCUGCGACGCCAAACCCUCGCAGCUCCGCCUCGUUCAUGAUGGCACCAUGUCACCUGAGGAGGUGAUGAGGUUCCGCUCGGCCUUAGAGGAGGCCAAGCACACCGUCGGCCUCGACUUCGAUUCUCUUAAAGGGUUAGGUUCUAUCAACUAUAUAGAAAAGUGA